UUCGGAAAUAACUCCGCAGAUGGUCGCCAGGGGGCAGUAGCGUGUUUACGCAUUAGGAUCAUAAAUAUUGCCAGAAAACCCUCGCGGUGUUUAUGUAGGUCAAAUGACGCGUACGGCGCUUUGUUUGGGGGGGUUCAUUAAGAGACGAAAUCCCUAUAAUUUCACCAGAAAGUGCGAGAAAAUAUCAUUGGACGCUUCUUGUAUUAUCGAGCUUCUAGUGUGACGGGAGACAUGACGAAAGACGGAGAGCUAUGGAGAGCAGAUUCAGUAGUGUUUUGAACGACAUCGAGGAGCUCUCGCGAUUUUCAAACGCCGAGAACAAUUUCCAGACCGAAAGGUCUAAGACGCUGUUUGAGGAGAUCCGUGCCUCCAUAAACAACAACGACGAGGAGGACCGCUCCUUCUGGAGGCCCGUGCUUCCCUGGGGGGGCGUCUUCACCAUAAAGGCGGGGCGCAAGGCCAUAUCCUGCAUCCCCCUGUACGUGGAGGUCCAGCUGAAAAACACGUGCACCAUCGACGGCUUCCUCAUGAUCCUGUACGUGAUCCUGCGAGACAACCAGGGCUUCCACAGGGAGCUGGCCGUCUUCCUGGGGAAGCAGUUCGUGGAUCAUUUCCUCUACCUGAUGGACUCCUGCGACUACGCCACGGUGAAGAUGCUGUGGAUCUGGAACAGGAUGUCCAAGAGGCAGUACCGCUCGGAGAUCCACCGGGCGGCCCUGGAGAUCGACCUGUUCGGCAACGAGCACGAGAACUUCACGGAGAACCUGGAGAACCUCAUGUCCACCACCCAGGAGAGCCUGUGCACCAACCGCGACUGUCAGGGUCGCUUCCAGAACGUCAAGAAGACCACCAUCAACAUCAGCCCUCCUCACGAGCUUCCUCACAAAGACCCGAUCCAGUCUGCGGUGGAUGAAUUCUUCUGCCCCAAACUCCUACUCUGCUCAGAGCUAGGAUGUGACGGCUUAAGGGAGUUUUCUCAAAGGGUCUUCUGCCACGGACCCCCGCCCUUUGUGAUCCUCAACAUGCAGCAGUGGAGGUCAGAGGAUCUGUCGUAUGUACCUUACCAUCUGGCUCUUUGUCAGCACAGAUACCUACUAGAGGGCGCCACACUCUUCAACAAGGAGGAGCAUCACUACUCGGCAGCUUUCCAGAUAGACGGCUGCUGGAUGCACUAUGACGGCCUGAGGAACGAUAAUCUGAUCCUGCUGCAUAAGCCCCCAGAGCUCCUGCUGCUGUCCUCCUUGGUCUACGUUCGUGCAUCUGACAAGUGACGGCUCGUAGUCGCAGUUGGACACAAACACAUUAAGGAUCCUUUUGGAUAUUUUUUUUUUCCAGCAUUAUUCCUAUUUUUGGCAUUGCAUAUCUGAUAUGUGUGCUUUUCUUUUGUUUGUGGUUAAUUCAUGGCCUGAGUAUGCUUCCUUUGGUAAAAGGCAAAAGUUACUCGUGUUCUGUAUCAGCUGAUUGCUUACCCCAAACAUGCUGCGCACAAAACGCUUAUUUUAUGGAGGCAUGCUUGGAAUCCAAGAGUACAGUGGACUAUAAUAGUUCUGGGUCGAUUUUACAGUGGAUCUUAAAAGUGUACGCGCCCCUUUUUAAUAUGUCUCGUUUCUUUUUACAUUACAAAUGAAUCGGUGAUAAAUCGUUUUUAAUCGUUUUUCCACCUUCAGCCAGACUUGCAUCCUGUACAGUUCAACUGAAAAAGACACACACACACAAUCCUACUAGCAGGGAAAAUGAAAAUAAUGCAAUAACCUAUAGAUGCAAAAAUGUGUAAAACCUCAAACUAAAACUUUUGUUGAUGCGACUUUUGAUUCAGUUUCAGCAUUUCGCCACCUUCGUUAAGAAUCUAUCAGCAUCCCACACGCCUUCAUAAUACUUAACCCCUCUAUUACGAAGGUUCUCCCAAUAUGUCAGGUUGUGAGGACGUCUCAUGGCCAAAGAUGGCUCAGGAAGCCAUUGUGAUCCUGAGUAAUAUGAUCUCUCAUCUUCAGUGGUCUACCAGACAUCGGUUUUCAAAGUUGACUGUUUUUUUUUUAUAGAAAUGCUCUUUAUUUCAUUCAGCUUGGGAAACAAUCCCCAGUUCUGAGUUGUGGUGUCUGGUGCUGUUUUUGAGCCCAAACCUUUAGCACCUUUUUGGAGUUGCAGGCGAAAGGUUCAAGCAUUGUUUCAUUAGAUGGCACAAAGUUUUAAAAGAGUUUAGCCACCUGGAUGUUUUUUGGGGGUUUUUUUUGGAAAUAAAGACUUCUGUCCUGCAACCUUCCUCCUGAGUCCAGACAAAUGUAGAACACAUUUCACGUCUUCGCCUCUUCUUUUAAUCACUUUUGGAGAACCCUCCAUUUGGCAGUGGCAUAAAAAAAAAACCCUCUUGGCCUGUUUCUUUAUUUUGGGUUACUCAGACCCUCUAUAACUGAUGGUGGUCGUAAACACAAGACUGAAUGUUGAAAUUAAUCAAAUUUGGACUCGAGAAAAAGUUAAAGUUGCGCACACUUGUGCAACAGGGAUGUUUUUUUUUCCAUUGGAUCUUAAAAGAAGGAUCUAAUUGUUUUUAAAAUGAUUUUUAAAUAACAUAUGGGCUCAUUUUUAUGCAAAUAAAACCUAUCAUUUUAACCGGGAUGUAAAAAAGCUUUAACAUUUCUUCCAUCACCCAAAUUUCAGCUUAUACCUUAAAAUAAAAAGAGCAAGACUAUGGCCUACAAGUGGAUUUAGUGUAUGUAUUAGAGUGAUGUGGGUGUUGGGAGUUUCUCCAGCACACGUUUGGUGUUCUGUUUGAUUUAAGCAUAUCAGCCCUUAUCUAACUAUUAAAUUGGUGCUCUAAUUACACUGUGGCAUAAGUUGUCAAAGUUGAUUUUUCAUUUUGUUUUUACUCAAAGUGUGAACGUUGAAACACAAUCCGCUUCAGUUUUUAGGUAGUAUCGUUUCCCUCAUGUUAGAAGGUUCAUUUGGGCUUUCAUUUGGCACGAAGCACAGACCAGAACCAUGCCGAAAGGUUCACAGUUUUGCAGCUUUCACGUCAGAUAUUUUGCAAAGAUUUUCUAGUCUAAUAAAUACUGUUAUCACAUAGUGCCUCUGCCAAGAAAGCUACGACAUGCUUGUUGAGGUUAAUCCGUUUUUUUCCUGCAGAUGUCUUAAUGAAAAAUACAAAUAAAAUAUUUUAUGAACAUUU